GCAGUCAAAGCCAGCGGCACCUUCUUCCUUUAGGAGAUCAAUGAUACAUAUGUCGGACCUUCCUGAGGAUUUGAUAGAGGAGAUACUCUCUCGCGUCCCGGCGGCAUCUCUGAAACGGUUUCGAACUACUUGCAAACGAUGGAACGCUUUAUUGAAAGACCAGGGAUUCACGGAGAAACACUUUCGUAAAGCUCCAAAGCAGUCUCAGGUUCUCUUCGGGUUUUUAGGUAGAUUGAAGAUUUGUUCGUUGAGCGUCAAUGGAUGCCCAUCUAUAGAGGUCAUAGAUGAGAUCAGACUAACCGACCCUGUUUAUAUUUAUGAACAAUUCGUAAUUUCUGAAGUCUUCCACUGCGACGGCUUAUUAUUAUGCACUAACCAUAAAAAGACUGGACUAGUGGUUUGUAACCCUUGUACACGUCAAGCCAGGUGGAUCAAACCCAGUAAUCGUCACAAGAUGAGCGACACCUAUACUCUUGGAUCCUACCAAGACAUCAAAUCCAACAAUAUUAGCUACAAAAUAUUGAGAUGUGAUAAAUAUGAGGACAAGGCAAGAUUCGAAAUCUAUGAGUUUGGAUGUAAUUCAUGGAGGAUUCUAGACGUCACUAAUGACUACAACUUAACUAGGUAUUCGGACGCCGUGUCAUGGAGGGGAAAGACGAAUUGGAUUUCUUGGGAUAAAAAAGAGAGAACCAUGGUGUUAGUCAGUUUUGAUUAUACACAAGAGAGAUUUGGAGUACGUAUGCGUCUUCCCUAUUAUAGAUCUGGUAUUUCGACUAUUUCUCUAUCAGUUGUUGGAGAAGAGAAACUUUCGGUGCUAUUACUACCCUCACAUAGGUUGAGGAGAGAGAUAUGGGUAACAAAUAAGAUUGAUGAGUGGAACAAGGUCUUCACAAUGGAUAAAUGGAAACGUGAUUGGUUGGUAAAUGCCGUAAGUUUUUUGUUCGACGAUGAGAAGAAAGCCUUCUUGUGUUGUGAGAGAUUAUAUAUUCCAGACCUGUGCGUUGUUGGGGAGGAGGAUGAGAAAUUGAAAGAAUCAGGGAGGGUAUACGUUGUUGGGGAGGAUAAGGAAGUCAAACAAGUGAAUGAAGAAGCCAUAGAUGUUUUUUAUGAUUAUGUUCCAAGUUUAGUUCAAAUUCUGAAGUUGAGUCAAAAGAGAAAGAGGGGUGACUAAAUAAGCUACAUGCAGACAUUUUCAUUGUUUUUUAUGCGUUUCUUAAUUUGACUUGAC